CCGUCACCCCAUAACAGCAAGUGUACAGGAAGCAUCAGCACGGAUUUGUAUACAUACACAAAGCAAUCGUGCAUACGUUGAAUAUGACUAAUACUUCCAGCUCGAAUAAAAGCCAAGUCGAGACUGUCACGUACAUGUACAUCAUGCAUCCUUUAGCUUAAACCAGGUAAAUGCAUUUUCUAUUACCUGGCGUAAUAGCUUAAAAGCUUGCUUAAAUUCAUACCAGAUAUUAAUAUUGACAGGGCAUUAUUGUGAAAAUGUUUUUUCUCUCGCAAAGUCAUCCAACAAAUCAACAAUUUAGCUUAAGGCGAGAAAAGAGAAGAGGCGCAGUAAGGAUGAGGAUGGAAAAGGGAGUCGUUGCCGACCAUAUCACAGCAGCAUCCCUCCUAACUGCUAUAAAUUCGGUUGAAGGAGUUCUCAACCGAUUUCUUGAAGAGGGUGACAUAUAUUUCACAAAAUUCAGCAAGCCUGUCAAAAUGAGAAGCUGCACGCUCUGUCUCAUUCUUCUGCUCUGCGGAACGACGUUACUUGUGGAGAAUGCUACGUGCGACGACACGGCCAUGUGCUGUAUGAAAGGUCUUAAACAACUACGUGACGUCGUCCUGUGCCCCAUGCCCUGUUGCCGUGGUUACAUCGAACAUCGUGGCCAAUCAGCGGCGCUGAAAUCGUUCACGUGGUGUGCUGUUGAUAAGGCAUAUGUCAAAGGCGGACGCAACAACUCCUUCCUAUUCCUGCAGUGAUCCAUUUGUCUGUGAGAAGGACGGGAGCGAGACAGAUCCAAUGCAGCCGCUUUGUUGUGAGGAAAUUCGUUUUGCCAUAAGCCAUCAUAACCAAUACCGUGGAUGUCACUACAGCUGGAUGAACUUUUCGACCUUGACUUUAACAUUUAUAGGUUGGAUUUUUGUGGGGAUUUUUUUCUUUUCAUUUGACUCUCAGGAAAAGUUUGGCUACAGCUGUAAUAAACCUCAUGGAAAGAUGAUCUGUAUUUAGCUGUAAGAAUCGUUGUGGAUUCUUUAAUUGUACGGUUUGCUCCAAAAUGGCUCCUUGACCAUUCAAAUCAUUUGCAAAGAAACCAGUCUAACCAACUCCAAACUAUUGAACAACAACUGUGUAGACUUUCCGAAAAUGCAAAAGCAAAUCAAAAGAUAAAUUUUUCUUUUUUCAUGACACUAA